GUCACGGCAUGUUGCGUCGAAGAGCAUGGGUACGACAACCCUUGGAUAUGAGCCCGAUGACUCGUAUUUGGAGAGCUACAUCAGCACCAUUGGCGUGGACUUUAAAAUUCGAACGGUGGAGCUGGACGGAAAGACUAUCAAGCUGCAGAUUUGGGAUACUGCGGGGCAGGAACGGUUCAGGACAAUUACGAGCAGCUACUACAGGGGAGCUCACGGAAUCAUUGUUGUGUACGACGUGACCGACCAAGAAAGCUUCAACAAUGUGAAGCAAUGGUUGAAUGAGAUUGACCGGUAUGCGAAUGAGCACGUCAACAAAUUGCUCGUUGGGAACAAAUGCGAUUUGACAGCGAAGAAAGUUGUGGACUAUCAAACGGCGAAGGCAUUUGCGGAUGAGAUUGGAAUACCUUUCCUCGAGACAAGUGCCAAGAAUGCAACAAAUGUUGAGCAAGCCUUCAUGACCAUGGCAGCAGAGAUCAAGACCAGGAUGGCGAAUCAGCCGGCAGCAAGCAGCAAAGCGCAGACUGUUCGUCCUGGAAUUGGGGAAAGCCGGCCACUUCCUCAAAAGGGUAACUGCUGCUCGUAGGUAGGUGUGCGUGUGUUUCAUGUUUGCUGGUAUGGAGGGAAUGAGGAUCAUGUGGCUUAGAGACCCGAGGGAACGGCAAGCGUGGUUAGGAACCAAGGAUGUGCCGCAGAGGAGGGUGGAGAAGAGAGAGGUGGCAGAUGAUUCCGUGCGUGGGCGAAGGAGGGGGGAUUGUGGUGUAGGGGGGCCGGAGGGACAGUGAUUUAAGGCAGAGGACACUCUUCUUCAAGAUUGCAUAUCAUGUACGAGUGUUGAUGGCACAACCAUUGUUUUGCUCCGUGUCUUACACCGAUGAUUGGCGGGUUGGGUGAGAGAGGGAGGUGGUGCAGGACGGGACGGGAGGAUGGCGCUGUCUGCAUUAGGCUGUUUGCUUCGUUCCAUCUGUGUUCGUGUUUCUCUCCUCCCUCCUUAUUGCAGCGUUCUUUGUUCCAUUGCUUUUGCCGUUUCUGUUCCGUUUUUUUUUUUCCUUUUUUGUAUCUAUGGGACAAGCAAGUUGUCAUGUGAUUGAACCUUUGUGCUGAGAGGGCCUUUCGAAGAGGGGCCUGAAGGCAUGGAUGGGGCUCCGUACGUUUGCGGCGUUUGCACCGUGUUUCAUGUGUGCGUGCCUCGAUUGAAUCCGGCGGAGUGGUGGUUCAUUAAUUGUUGCUUGGCUAGUUUUCAUGAACGGAAGAAUUCCCCGUUCUUUCUUUCGCCUUUUGACAAUUACGGGAGGUGAAAAGGUAUGUGGGAAGAAGGAGAGCAUUGAGCGGAUGGGGGGAAAAGAAGAUACAAAUGGACAGCACGGGGAUAAUACUGGCUUGUGGAGGGAAAACUGUUGCGAAUGGAUGCAAGGAGUGUGUGGGAGUGGCUGUGGCAAGUGGGGGGGCGGUGUGAGACGGGGACGCAAAGGAUAGGGUGGGUGGUUUGAAGGGGAAUGAUGUGACGAUCAACAACAAUCAUCAUACGGGAGGUGGUGAGAGUGCUUUGCGCCGCCGGUCAUCAACUCUGCCUCAGUGGAAAGGGGGGGGGGGCUGAGGAAUUGUGGGGCAUAAGUUGGCGAAUCUCCAUGUGCAUUGUGUUGUGUCAUAUCCAGUUGGAUGGAGCACACAAAUAAAUUUUAACGGCCAAGGAUUGGUUUUCUCUUUUUGUUUGCUUUUCUGGGAGUGAUGACGAUUGGGUUUUGGGGCAUGGUCUCAGUGCCUACGUUUCUCUACCUCGUUGAUCGUUGAUGUCUAUCUAUAUAUUUUCCACGAAUGAUGAAUUGCCUUCUGCACAUAGGUUUGUGCAGCUUCUGUGGUUUUCCUGUUAUGUAAUACCCUGUUUUUUACGGAUCUCUUCGAGUACCGUUCCAUGGAUGUUAAUUGACGUGAGAUGCUCUUCUUCUUCUUCUUCUUCUUCUUCUUCUUUGCCCACCGAUUGUCGUAUCUAUUUGCUUGCUCGCUUGUUUUCCGUUAGGGAGUCGGACCUUCUUGAACGCCCUUCUAGCUCGUCAAAAGGGCAUUUGUACAUUCUAAAGCACUACCGAUGUGUGAGCUGUUUGUCAAGCAACAUUCUCAAGUCGCACAACUUGAUAGUACGUUUCAGUACAUUAUAUUUCAACAUACGUUCUUAAUAGUACGUUGCAGUGUUUUAUUUGCAGAGUGUAGUUAUGGUGCUUGUGUGUAUAUAUAUAUUCUUAAGUUUCACAAUUUUGCAGCCCGAUGGUCGUGUCACCUACCAGAGGUUACGAAAUUGUAUAUGGUGUGUAUUGUUGCUACAGGCCAUGCAGUCGGAGAAAGUGGUUAGUGAAGAUUUGAACUCUGAAGCGGCAUUUGGGUGAAAAAACACAACGUAAAAAGUGAAAAACCAUGAUCUUAUAUUACAUUACAUG